AACUCGGCAGAGCCCGUUUACACACCCACAAUGGCCGGUGGUCUCUUCACAAUUGACCGUAAAUUCUUCGAAUUGCUGGGUACUUAUGAUUCCGGUUUCGAUAUUUGGGGUGGCGAAAAUUUGGAAUUGUCUUUUAAGACUUGGAUGUGUGGUGGUACGUUGGAAAUUGUUCCUUGCUCACAUGUGGGACACAUCUUCAGAAAAAGAUCACCCUAUAAGUGGCGCUCAGGUGUAAACGUGCUGAAAAAGAAUUCCGUGCGCUUGGCUGAAGUUUGGUUGGACGACUAUGCGAAAUACUAUUAUCAACGAAUCGGCAAUGACAAGGGUGACUUCGGUGAUGUCAGUGCGAGAAAGGAAUUAAGAACCCGCUUAGGUUGUAAGAACUUCAAAUGGUACUUGGAUACAAUAUAUCCAGAACUUUUCAUACCAGGUGAAUCUGUAGCAUAUGGAGAGAUAAGAAAUUUAGGUUACGGCGGUCGCACUUGUUUGGAUUCACCUGCGCGUAAAAAGGAUCUGAAGAAGCCAGUCGGUCUAUAUCCAUGCCAUAAUCAAGGCGGCAAUCAGGUUUGUUAUACAUAAGAGUAAAUCAUGCAAGAGCUUUUUUUUUAUUGCGACCGCCACAAAAUCCGUUAAAUACGCUUUGAAAUUUUUUACAAAUUUUUACAAAUUUCGUUCACAAAAGAGGGGAAUUACCGUACUACGCCUAAGACCAAAUUGAAAAUUACAACAACUGCAAGAUAAUUCAUUUUCUAUCUUUAACAAACUCUUUUCUC